AUGACUAUGUACCCAAUAACAAGUAUCAUUCUCCUGCUGAUCUCAUUGACCUCAUCGACGGCCCAUGGGCGCCAAUCUUAUGCCAGAUAUCAACGGGGCGAUCAAGGACCCGACGUCUCUGAGGAGCUCUCCGCCGGAGCAAUCAAUUCAAUCACGGAAUCUCGUCUACCACGACCAAUAGGUGGUCCUAAUGUCUGCCGAUCUCGCGACUCCAGCUUCUGUUGCCCCGGAUGGGUCCAAAGAGGGGCGACCGGCCUCUGUCUGAUCCCAGUGUGCAGCGGAUGCGGCAACAAUGGGCGGUGCUUUAGGCCCAACAUGUGCAUCUGCCAAGGAGGUCAGAUCUCUCCCAAUUGCGGCCAAGAUGGGGUGCACAGUGAAGGGUGCGAAUCAACCUGUUUGAAUGGCGGGACUUGCAAAGAUGGAGAAUGCCUGUGUCGCCCAGGUUAUACUGGCGAGUACUGUCAGGAGCCUGUCUGCAAGCAAGACUGUGAAAACGGAGGGCGUUGCAUCGGACCCAAUAGGUGUGCCUGUGUCUACGGGUAUACUGGUCGAUAUUGCGAGAUUGACUACCGAACUGGUCCAUGCUACAGACGGAUUGAAAAUGGACAAUGCACGGGCCAGUUGGAGGGAGUGGUGUGCACUCGCCAGUUAUGUUGUGCCACCAUUGGUGAGGCCUGGGGUCACCCUUGCGAGGAGUGUCCAGACGCGUUGGCUUGCGAACCAGGUUUCCUGAAGAAUGUUCACACAGGAAAAUGCAUGGAUAUCAACGAAUGUGAAGCCAUUCCUGAUUUGUGCACCGGAGGCCAAUGCACCAACACAGAAGGGUCUUUUCAAUGUGAGUGCCCAGAAGGCAUGGUCAUGGACGAUAAUCACCAAUGCUCGGAUCAAGAUGAAUGCGCCCUCUUCUCGAAUGAGGAGAUCUGUCCCAAUGGUCGAUGUAUCAACAAAGACCCGGGUUACUACUGCCUUUGUGCUCCUGGUUAUAUUCCGUCGCAGGAUCAAAAAACGUGUCUGGAUACCAGCCAAGGCAAUUGUUACUCGGCCUUGGCCAGAAAUGGACGUUGUCGCAACAAGCUCUCUUUCAGGUAG